AUGGAGUUACCUGCGAUAUCGCCGUGGGCGGCGCGCCUCGAGACCGUCUUGAACCCCUCGAAUUGGCAGGCGAUACAGUGGCCGACGGCAUCGCCGCUCUUUACAGUCGAGAUGGCUCCCCUCAAGAGUUUGCUGACAUGCUCGCUGUCGCUGUUCGGUUCGGUCUAUGCCGGCUUUGCCAGAAGAGAAGGCCAUGCAUCAUCGACAUCGUGCUCGGGCCCCUUGGUGAACGUGAAGAAUGGAACGUAUAGAGGAACUCACAGCGCCGAGUACGACCAGGACUUCUUCCUCGGUAUGCGAUAUGCGCAGCCUGCGGAGCGCUUCCAGCUGUCGGAGCCAUUGAACUCCACAUGGGAGGGUGCAUUGCCCGCGAAGGCAUAUCCGCCGCAUUGCGUGGGCUAUGGCGGCGAUAUGGUGGGCUAUAAUGUGUCUGAGGAUUGCUUGUUCCUCAACGUGAUCCGUCCAGCAGGUCUCGACACGACAGCGAACCUGCCCGUAGCAGUAUGGAUCCACGGUGGAGGCCUGUAUAUGGGCGGUUCUGCGGACAAGAGAUACAACCUGUCCUUCAUUGUGCAGAACAGUGUAGAGCAGGGAACUCCCAUGAUAGGGGUCAGCCUCAACUAUCGCCUGUCAGCCUUUGGCUUCCUCUGUGGAAGUGAAGCCCUUGAUGCAGGUAUCACCAACAACGGAUUCCGUGACCAACGUCUUGCCCUGCGUUGGAUCAACGAAAAUAUUGCAGCGUUUGGUGGUUCUCCUGACAAGGUAACCAUCUUCGGCGAGAGUUCCGGCGCGGAAUCUGUCAGUGCCCAGGUCCUUGCGUAUAAUGCUUCGCCCUGGCCGCCUGUUCUCGAUGGUGAUUUCAUCGCCGACUUUGCCCACAAUCAGUUGGUCAAUGGCAAGUUCCCCCGGAUCCCACUCCUAAUCGGCGCAAACUCCGAUGAGGGCUCGGCUUUCGGUUCCGGAAGGGGUCCGAACGGCGGUGGCGUGUAUACGGACGAAGACAUGCGCUAUGCGAUUUCGAAUAUCAUUGGACCACAGGCUGCUGAGCAGACGGGAAGGACGGUCGAUGAGCUUAUCAACGAGCUCAUGUAUGUUUACCCUAACAUUCAGGCUGUGGGCAUCCCGACUCUGGACAAGUGGCCUGUGAUACAAGCGGGAGACGUUGUUGCCGCUUCCAGUGGCCUACAGUAUAGACGCACUGGUGCUUUGUUCGGUGACUUGUCGGUAACCUCUUUCCUUUUCAUCAAGCAGCCCCUAACUGACCUCCUCAGCUCUAUGCAUUACUCACGACGACGAUCAAAUAUUGCUUGGUCCAAUGCCGGGCUACCGUCGUAUAGCUUCCGUUUCGAUGUCGUGGUCGCCGGGAUACCGGGCUUUGUUGGGGCCACACAUUUCCAAGAGGUUGCCUUUGUCUUUUACAACCUGAAUGGAGACGGCUACGCCACGAACCCAUUUGCAAAUAUGUCGGCUGCGUACCCGGCUCUAGCAAAGACCAUCUCUAGUGCUUGGAUCAACUUUGUCACCGUGCUGGACCCGAACGGCCGAGACGGUCUCGACGGCCCAGUCUGGCCGGUGUAUAACACAACGGACGGCGGCGGGAUCGGCAAGGAGAUCGUGUUCGAUGUCGGCGGCAGCUAUGUUGAGCUGGACUCGUGGCACGCGGAAGGCAUGAACUGGAUGAUUGAGAAUGCCCUGCCAGUGUUCGGUAGUUGA